AUGAUCCCGGGACUGGGUCAGUGCCAGUGGACCGAGCCCAUGAGCUCUAAAACUGAGGGGAAACUGAAGAGUGAUUCAGGCCCUGCCAACCACGGGGUCAGGGGUAAACUCGAGAAUCGGAUCCGCCGCCCUAUGAAUGCCUUUAUGGUGUGGGCAAAGGACGAGCGCAAGAGAUUGGCCCAACAGAAUCCGGACCUGCACAACGCGGAACUCAGCAAAAUGCUAGGCAAAUCAUGGAGAUCUUUGACAUUGGUACAAAAGAGACCUUUUGUGGAAGAAGCAGAGAGACUGAGAGUCCAACACACACAAGAUUUUCCUGACUACAAGUACAGACCCAGGAGGAGGAAUCAAAUAAAGAGGAUGAAGAGACCAGACCAGACUAUCGGCCACCAUAACGAAAUGAUGAAUACCAAUGUAAUGAGCAUGCAUGAGAAAAUUUGUCCUGAGAAUUUCAGCUUUGGGUAUUCUGACCAGGUCUACAACCAGCUACCACGGGGAACCCAAUACAGAGAUAAUCAAACAGGACAUUACUGCAGAGAUUACAAUCUGCAGUCCUCCCCAGUGACCCCGAAUAAUGGCAGUCCUUUUCCUUUUACUAUGUCUGUGCAAGAACAGAAUCAGCUAUUGUCUUACAGCUACAACACUGCUUAUUCUGCCAAUCAACAGAACCAGCCUAUGUUUUGUCCACAGACUGAGCACAUGAGUGAGUUGAGCCCAGGACACAGUAUCAUGGGAUAUCAGGACUCCUCACAGAUGUACUAUGGACAGAUAUGUCUAACCAAUGCUACAGAACAUCACCAAGUGUCAGGGGUUUCUCACAAGUCUCCACUUGAUUGGAUGGACAGAGAUCCACUGCAACAAUUUCCUCUUGUAAAUGAUGUUGACAAAACAGAGUUUGACCAAUACCUCAUGCAUGACUCCAAAACUGAUAUGGGGCUGAAUUGCAGCGCAGAAGAUAUAAUAUACUCUACACAAGAAAUCUGCCAUCUUUGA